AUGAUAUUCCUUGGAUUGUGCAUUUACUCCUCUCCCUUCCGACUCUGUACAGUACAAAAGUAUCGAUCCCUGGGAAGUCGCCCCAACGUCACGGCAUCCGUUCCUUCAACCGCUGAAUUACAGGGAGGCACUGGCUAUUCUCGUGCAAUGCGUUCCGGCGCGCUGCGCAAUCCCCAAAUCACCCAGCAGCGACGCCCAGCGCCUCUCUGGCAGCAGUUAGCUCUAGGCGGUUCGUCAUGCGGCCUUGCUACAUCUGUUACGCACCCGAUUGAUACUAUCAAGCUCCAUAGAAACGUGUUCCACAGUAUAUAUCGUAUCGCGAAGGACGAUGGCGUCGCGUCGCUGUGGAUAGGGACUGGACCCGCCGCAAUGCCCGCAGCACUGCUCACAUCGUCGCAGCUCGCAACGUACGACCAAAGUAAGCACAUGCUAAAGCGCGUGACGGGAAUUCAGGAAGGCCUUCUUGCGCAUUUCGGCGCCGCCAUCACUGCGGAGCUGGUGACUAUGACCGUAUCGACGUCCGCCGAUGUGGUCAAGUCGGUCGUGAUGAGUUCUAAACCGCAGGUGGAGGUGCGAAAAUGCGUGGAACAUAUUUAUCGAAAUGAAGGAGCCCUUGGUUUCAUGCGGGGGUGGACGGCCAAUUACGCACGACUCGGACCGCCUACGUUGCCCACAGUGAUUGCCUAUGAAAAUUUGCGCACAGCGGUUGGCUGGAGCAGUUUGUGA